AUGCUGGUCCUUCAGUUUUGCCUCGACUCUAGCCUGAGUUUCAGCCGUGCAAUACACUACCUUCCUAUAAUGGCGCAAGAAACUGAGAUUGCUGCAAAAGACAUCCACGUCGGCAUCACCUGGUUCCUCGUCAGAGUCCGCAUUGUAAAGCGAGGACACAAACGCAAUGUCCAUAUCCUCCGGCUCAGUCGGGUACGCAAAGAGCACAGUUUUGUAAUAAGCAUCCGUCAAGGUGGUAACGCCAUUGCGCCAGCUUCCUUCCCCUCUCUCAAUUUGGUCACGCAUGUUUUGGGCGGUUUUCUGCAAUUCCUCCACCGCUUCGUCUGA